AAAAACUCGUGCGAUCUUUGCUCGUUAACGUGCACUAAAAUAAAGAACAGUUUGUAGAUUAAUAAAGAAAUUUGAGGACACCAGCUUGACAGUGGAUAUUAAAACACAGUGUUCUCAUCAGCUGGAAGCAUCGUUAUUUUGCAUUACAGUGAUAUAAAAAAUUCUAAAUUUAAAGAAAAACAACAAAAAACUGCCAUUAGCUAGCUCGAUAGGCAGAUUUGUGAAAGAGCGAUUCCGAAUUUCAUCAAGAUAAUGUUGGUGCUGCAGAUUAAGUCGUAGAGUGUAUUUGCCAUACAUUAUUUUGCAUUCUUGAAUCGGAUCAUUCACCUGUAUGGAAUCUCGAUGUGGUUACGUCAUCCUGCUGAUGGCUUGUUAUUGGGUGGUGGAGCCGAUUCCCGUCGCCGCGACCUCCCUUCUACCAGUGGUCCUCUUCCCGCUCCUUGGAGUCAUCAGCACCAAUGAGGCCUGUUCGGAAUACAUGAACGGAACCAACAUGAUGUUCGUCGGAGGUCUCUUCAUGGCCGUCGCCAUUGAGGAAUGCAACCUUCAUAAACGGAUAGCUCUCAACGUUCUGCGAUGUGUGGGAGCCACGGCUUCUUGGAUGAUGCUCGGUUUCAUGGCUACUUCCAUGUUUCUGUCGAUGUGGAUUAGCAACACAGCCACAGCUGCUCUCAUGGUUCCUAUUAUCGAUGCCGUCAUGCAAGAGCUUAGUGAUAAAGCCAAGGAGACCAAUGUUGCAAACAAGAGAAUAUCCUUUGUGUCCGUUGAUUUGAAGCGAGUGGUAGAUGAGGAAUCUCAGACGAAUUCCUAUUCUAAAGACAAAACAGAUUUUUCCGCAGAUCUUCCAAAAGACGGAGCUUAUCGUGCCAGAAUGGUCAGUGUCCUGAGACGAGCCAUGUUUCUUAGCGUUGCUUAUUCGACCAAUAUUGGCGGAACUGGAACUCUUACCGGAACGGGUCCCAAUUUAGUCGUGAAGUCGGUUACAGAGAAACUAUUUCCUGAAUCCAAUGACCUAACCUUUGACAAAUGGAUGCUGUUUAAUAUUCCAGUCAUGCUGUUCUGCAUUUUCAUAGCCUGGGUAUAUCUCCACUUGGUGCACGUGCGGAAGGCAUCUGAAAUUUAUACAAAUGAAAUGAAAGAAAGUUUCAAGCAAAUCAUCGCCAAAAAACAUGAAGAACUUGGUCCCAUGACUUUCCAAGAGAAGGCAGUAUCUGUGCUCUUUCUUCUUCUUGUCAUGCUGUGGAUAUUUAGAGACCCUCAUUUUAUAUCUGGAUGGGGGAACGCUUUCCCGGUGAAAAUUUCGGAUGCUACUCCAGCAAUGCUCAUUCCUGCACUCUUGUUUUUGAUACCAGCUGAUCCUUGGAGAAUGGGACAAAGUCCACCUUUAUUAGAGUGGAAAACCAUACAGCAAAAAGUCCCUUGGGGAGUGAUUAUUCUGUUGGGGGGAGGUUUUGCCCUCGCUUCAGCCUCUGAGAAAUCUGGUCUGUCCAAGUGGGUGACGCACCAGCUUCUGUCGCUGAACAUCUCUUCCCCUCUGGCAGUUGUUUCCCUUUUAUCCAUCAUGACAGCCAUACUCACCGAAUUCACCAGCAAUGUGGCCACCGCUAACGUCCUGCUUCCCGUCGUCGCAGAACUGGCUGUAGCGAUGCACAUCCAUCCUAUGUAUCUCAUGAUACCGGUGACCAUCUCUUGCUCGUUCGCAUUCAUGCUUCCCGUGGCCACUCCUCCCAAUGCCAUCGUAUACGAAGCUGGAGAAAUGAGCACGUUGGACAUGCUUAGACCUGGAAUUUUUAUGAACCUGUUAUGUGUGACAGUGGAAGUUUUGAUGAUCAGUACGUACGGUAAAGUCAUCUUCCAUUUCGAAGAUCUUCCAUCUUGGGCCAACCAUACAGUAACUGGUGUCAGCUAGUUCAGAGAGAACAGCAAAUUUUUGGCAUUUUUUUCUCAAAGUGAUCCAGUCGACUUGCUGUCUUUGAAUUGUCACCAGUGAAUUUUGACAGAAUGGAUUCACCGGACUUAAUGAAAGACAGGAAUGACUGUAUUAAAGAAAGAACGUGACCAUUGAUGUCUUCCAACUGGAAAUUUGACGGGUCGUUUUCAUUAUAGUAUUUUUCACAAUACUAAAAGAUUUUGAGUGUUCAAGAAUUAACGCGACGAAACAAUUUCAUGUCGGUUUACGUAUAAUAUUUGUUUAGUUUCCAACUAUUUCAUAAGAGGAAAGACUGAAUUCUGAGUAUGAUUAUACUGCUAAAAGUUACAUAUAUUUACAACGUCAUUCUUGUAUACCUUAAUUUUUAGCUACGCAUAUGAAUUCUAAAAUAAUACACAAGGCCACAGUUCGUGAAAAAAAAAACAGAAAUCAUUUACUGGUGCGUUGACUAUUGCAUUUAAAGCUAUUACUUGAUAAAACAGGAAAAAAGUCACUAAUUAUUUCUUUAUGUACAUUGUUUGUGCAUCGUGAUAAUAAAUCUCAUGUUAGAGUUC